AAACCUGUCAAUAGUUGUAGCAAGAUCAGGAUAAUCCAUUCUGCAGCGUUACUUUCCUUUGGGUGUAGCAAACAAUUGAAAGCGAAAUUUUCCACGUGAUUAAUACAAUUCGAAUUCUAGUUUCCAAUUUGUUCAACUCCAAUCGUACUGCGCGCGCGAUGCUAUCUUGCCUUUAAAACAAGGUACAAUUGUACGAUCAUGGUCCGAACGUGACGUUACCACGUGCCCUCUACGGUCUAUAUAAACAGCUUGUCAACGGUUCAAAACAAUCACAGUUGCCAUGAAAUCGUCCGUAUCAACGCUGCUGGCCUUCGCGAGCAUCCUCGGAACUCUGCCAUCCGGAUCCUGCCUAAGCCGGGUCAAGAUGCAGAUGGAACGCAUCGAGCAGAUCGGUGGCGAGGAGAUCGCCGACUUCUCCAAGGUGCGCGUCCGCAAGUACAACCGGACCGUGUUCGCGCUGGACGGAACGCUCGACCUGCACAAGGACCUGGACGCGUCGUACGAGUUUUCGGUCCGGGUAGCGUACAGUACGAUGGGGAACAACCAGUUCAACGAGUACCCGAUGAAGGUCCCGCGGAAGAAGGCCUGCCAGUUCAUGGUGGACGAGUACGCGGACUUCCAGUACAUGUGGGCCAACAGUAGCAACCUGCCGCAGCUGGUGAAGGGCACCAAGCAGUACUGUCCGUUUCCGAAGGGGGCGUACUGGCUCAGGAAUUUGGUCCCGGACGCGUCGUUUAUUCCGCCGGUGGUUCCCUCGGGGCUGUGGCGCAUGACGUGGGAGUUUCUGCGCCCGAGUGACGUGGUCGUGAUGCAGCUGCGGUUCUACUACCGGAUCACGAAGGGCAUGUGAGAUUGAUUGACAGUU